UUGGAAAUUAAUCUGACUCGGAAAGAGGAGAAACUGCUGGAAAAGGAGUUUAUUUAUGAGCAAGUUUCCCGAAUGAUGGAGAAAAUCAGCGUCAAAGCAGAAAACGGCAAGGAGGAAACCUUAAUCCUGGCUAAAAAGAUGAACACGCUGCAAGAGAAAAUAAAGAGCACCACUCAGAAGAUCAUGGCUCUCAUUGCGGAGCUGUCCAUGCAGCAGGCCUUCGCCAUUAAGCUGCAGCAAGAGAUGCGGGACAAAGAGCAGACCAUCCUGUGCAUUGUCUCCCGACUGGAGAAAGGGCUUCCUCCUCCGAGAGAAAUCGAGCAGGACUGGCUCAGGGUGCUGCGGGAUGAAAAAAUGCACGCGAUCGCAAGCGAAGCCAAAGCGAAA